AUGAACUUUUUGUGUAGUGAUUGUGGGAAGAACAGUGUUCCUGACUGGGAAUUGCAAUUGAGCAGCUUAAAAGCAGCCAUUAAUCUGGAAAAUGAAAAUGAAAACAUGGAAAUUAUAGAGGAAGAAAAGGAAGAGUGGAUGUUUAUGUCAGAACUGAAUUUACAGGAGUUGAGCACAGAUACUGAAUAUAACUCGACGUUAGCUCCUGAAGGAUAUUGGCACAAUGUUAGUGAACAUUUUGACGAUGUUGAUCUACUUUCUGUUACUUCUUGGUUAAAUACUCAGAAAAAUAAAAAUGAACCAAGUUGGCACAUAUCAUCAAGAGUAAUAGAUAUUUCAAGUUUUAGUAGCGAUCAAUUGUUGGCAUACCAUAUCAUUCUAAAUCACUUCAACAGCAGUAAUGAACUGCCUUUGCAUCUACUUGUUAAAGGAAUUGCAGGUUCAGGAAAAGCUAUGUUAUUGAUGCUGUAAGAAAUGUUCUUAAGGAAAAAUGUCAAGUACUAGCAUAUACUGGAAAGGCCUCUUUUAAUGUCAAGGGUGUAACACUGCAUUCUUUCCUCAAACUACCAAUUGGUUCAAAAAGACUCUUGAAUUGA